CCUCUGUGUUAUUGUGGUUGGGUGGUUCAGACAAUGCUGCUCUGUUGCCUAUGGGCAGCGUUGCCCCUGGUGGUGCUCGGUCAGACGUACUACAUCAAUUUUGUAUUCAAUAACUAUCGCUAUGGAAGUCAGUUCGAGCAGAAAACGGGAACCGAAUCGACUGAACGACAGAGCAAAGAAGACAGGUCACAUAGUUUAGUCGAGCAGGAAACAUUAGAGAUAAGCUCAAAAGAGAUCUGCCCACAAGAUGAGCCGCCGGAUAGCGAAAAUCGAAGGUUAGAGCAUGUGCAUCCCAACACCGACGAAACGUUUGAAAUUGGAGGAGCCAAGCCAACAGAUUUACACAUCAGUAAAGCCUCAGGUCCGCCGAAAGGCAGCAACAAGGCCACAAGUACUACAACUAUCACCAAGAAGCCAAAAACCACUAGGACUACACGGAAGGGAAGUGCCGCUACGAGGCCAAGUGCCACGGGGAACACGGCAGACCUAAGCACAGGGACAAACACAGCGACAAACACAGAAGCAAAUACGGCGGCAAAUAAGGAAACAAGCACAGAAACAAACACGGCGGCAAACACAGCAACAAACACAGAGACAAACUCGGGGAUUAACACAGCUACAAGCACAGGGGCAAACACAAGGAUUAGCAUAGGGAUAAUUAGAGAGAAAAAUACAGAUAUAAGCAAAGAGAAACCCAUAAGGAUUACGAUAGGGCCAGCCCCAGAGACAAAUACAGAGACAGCCAUCGAGAAAAAUACAGAGACAACCACAGAGAAAAGUAAAGAGAGGGCCACAGAGAAAAAUACCGAGACAGUCACAGAGACAAAUAGAGUGACAGCCCCAGAGAUAAAGAGAGAGACAGCCCCAGAGAUAAAGAGAGAGACAGUUACAGAGUUAAAGAGAGAGACAGUCACAGAGAUAAAGAGAGAGACAGUCACAGAGAUAAAUACAGAGACAGCCACAGCGAAAAAUACAGAGACAGCCGCAGCGACAAAUACAGAGACAGCCACAGCGACAAAUACAGAGACAACCACACCGCAUUGGCUAAAGGCCACGCCGCAUCCUUCCGAAUUUUUCGAUUAUCCGGAAGCCAUCUGUCACGAGGAUAUGCAAUUGCAUGAGGUCUUUGGCGUUACACUGGCCCGCGAUCGUGGUCUGCCCGUUAAGAUUCUAUGCGAGUUCCAGAAUCAUUGGGGCGGUCCUUGGCUAUUGAUGAACCGCAUGGAGCUGCCCGCUCGUCUGCACAUGAGGCACUGGUUCUUUGGCUAUCUAACCGAAGACUACAAGGACAUAAACAUCAACUUCCUAGCACUGGCGCAUAUCAUAAAUACCAUGCGGCUGGCCAUGCUCAUCAUUGGCCAGGAUAACAAUAAUGAGCUGGUCUACAAUCUAUACGAUAAUGUUGUCAUCUCCGGCUUUAAUGAUCUCUUCAUGCUACGCAAGGCGCACCUUGUCGAGGCGAACACAACGGACCUGCUCUUCGUCUCGGUGGGUGAGGUGAUUGAGUCGGAUGCGGGCAGGAAUCGUUCGUGUCCCUUUCGGGUGCUGGGCGCCUGGUGGGGUCCCAAAUGGGAUAGCUCAAAGCGAACUUUUUGCGUUUUUCCUGUUGAGCGUGACAUCAAUCGGCCCGGUUAUAUGGCCAUAUUUAUCAAGCCAAAUCCGUUCGAGGUUAAUAAUACGGCUUUUUACGAAGACGAAAUUACCACCCGCCGUCCGUGGGCCUCUACAAUUGAUCUCGAGCUACUGGCUCGACUAGAAAAUGAUCGCAAAAAGUACAAUGACGUUAAGGAGCAGGAGUUUCAUCUCAAUAAGAGAAAAGUCAAAGAGGAGAUGCAUCGCCGUGUGAAUUUUUUCAAUCAGGGCGAUUAUCAACCCAAAAAAGAUUUGAAUUUCAAAACCCUGACGACCAUAGAUCAGUCGAUGACCAAAACGUAGCUGAGAUCAUAAGCAAACCUAGCUUUAAGUAGGAAAAUCUAGAAAAAGACUUAAGACUUAAGACUUAGACGAAAUUUAUACAAAUUCGAAGACUCAAUAGUUUAAAUAACAACUUUUAUAAACUACAAUUAAAAGAUAACAUAAGUUUAGUUUAAAUUGGCGUUUAAAUGAUCAAAUAACAAGACAAAAUAUUUUAAGAUAAGGAGGUAAGUGUGUUAACUAGUUCUUUUUUAAAACUUAUAGACCGCUCUUUUAUUUACUGAAAAUAUCGUUCUUUGCUUACUUUCGAUCGCUGG